AUGGUUGACUUCGUGAAACGAGAGCCUGAACAGGCCAAUCAUUUUGAGAUGGACGUUGAUGGCGGGACCAAUAAACGGUCUGCGGAGGAAAUGGAGUCGCAAAACCUGUUGGCGGAGACAGGGUCAGAAGGAAACCUCACCAAGGGCGAUACCAUCGUUCCAGUAACGGCUCCCAAACUGGUAUAUACUCCUUUGAAAACUGGAUUAUGCUAUGAUGUGCGCAUGCGGUACCAUGCCAAGAUUUUUACCUCAUACUUCGAGUAUAUUGAUCCACAUCCAGAAGAUCCUCGGAGAAUCUACCGUAUUUACAAGAUUCUAGCCGAAAACGGCCUGAUCACAGAUCCAACUCUUUCAGGGAUUGACGACAUUGGUGAUCUCAUGUUGAAGCUACCAGUGCGGGAGGCCACCAAGGAGGAGAUUUUGCAAGUUCACACGGAGGAACAUCUGAAUUUCAUCGAAAGCACCAGCACCAUGACCAAGGCGAAACUUCUGGAAGAGACAGAGAAGGGCGAUUCGGUUUACUUUAACCACGACUCUCUGCUCAGUGCUAAACUUUCCUGUGGUGGUGCUAUUGAGGCUUGCAAAGCCGUGGUCGAGGGAAAGGUCAAGAAUGCCUUGGCUGUUGUAAGACCACCAGGUCACCACGCUGAACCAGACACCCCUGGUGGGUUCUGUCUGUUCUCGAAUGUGGCCGUCGCUGCUAAGAAUAUCUUGAAAAAUUACCCAGAAUCAGUACGAAGAGUUGUCAUCAUUGAUUGGGAUGUUCACCAUGGAAAUGGGACACAGAAAUCUUUCAUCGAUGACCCGAGAGUGCUCUACAUCUCGCUGCACAGAUACGAGCAGGGCAGAUACUAUCCUGGUACCAAAGCUGGUGGGGCUGAUCAAUGUGGUGAAGGUAAAGGAGAAGGCUUUAAUCUGAACAUUCCAUGGCAUGUUGGUGGUAUGGGAGACGGCGAUUACAUUUAUGCUUUCCGCAAGGUGGUCUUGCCUGUAUGCUACGAGUUCAACCCGGAUUUGGUGAUCAUCAGUGCAGGUUUCGAUGCUGCAGAUGGAGAUGUGAUUGGUGGAUGUCAUGUUUCUCCAGCUGGUUACGGCCAUAUGACGCACAUGCUGAAGAGUUUGGCCAAAGGUAACCUCUGUGUCGUCUUGGAAGGUGGGUACAAUCUAGAUAGUAUCGCUAACUCUGCACUAAGUGUUGCAAAGGUGUUACUUGGAGACACACCCGAAGAGCUCAGAAGCUCUUUGCCCACAAAAUCCGCAGUCGAAGUCAUCGACGAUGUCGUCAAGAUCCAGUCUCGUUACUGGAAGUCUCUGAAACCCUCGUAUGCUGGCGUUGAUUUCUCUGUACCUGCCAUAUUUGGCAAUUACGAGAAAUUCGUGACAAACGGUAAACUUGCUGCGAUUGAGGACAUCACAUACAAAAAUGCAAAACUGUACGAUUCCGUGAGGGCGAACCAGGCCAGAAAGCUGAUGGUGAAGCAUGGCUUCAUCACACUGCCGAUUUUGAAUGAGAAAAGGCCUUCCAGUGCUUCGCUGGAAGAUCAAGUCAUAUGCUCGAGCGAUGUAUACACAAACCAGACCUUGGUGAUAUCGGUCCAUGAUCCAGCUCAGGUUUGGGCCAGAAGAGACCCAUUCACCGGUAUCCUGGACGCCUCUUCGUCUGUGGUUGUGGACUCCUCUUUGAAGAUGAUCGAGUGGGCAAUCAAAGAAAAGUACGCAGUGAUUGACGUGAGCAUUCCACUUUCGAUUAGCGGUCCCAGCGACGACUCCUAUAACAACAUCAAUGCCUCGCAAGAUAUCUUGCUGUACAUCUGGGACAACUACGUGAGCUAUUUCCAAGCAACCAAGGUUGUUUUUGUAGGGUACGGAGAUGCCUACAAUGGAGUGGUACACCUGUGUGGCCAUCGUGAUGUCCGCAAUCUGGUAAAGGCUUCGAUAAACUUCCUGGACAAAUCGCAAUUGAGGGCCAUAGUCUCCACCAUAGACGAGUCUAUAACCGACUGGUUCUACAAGAACUCACUGGUGUUCACAGCAUCCAAGCACUCCUGUUGGGGUGAGGGAGAAGCAUCUGCUACAGCCAAAAGGCCCAGAAAGAAGUACGGUAGAGUGCUGAGGGCUGACUCAGAUGGAAUGGACAACAUCGUGGAAGAGCGGUUCGAAGAAGCCACGGAAUUUAUCGCGGAUUCCAUCGAGGACUACGACGACGAUACGGACUCUAGUUCAUAA